AUGGCACAUUCCUUGACCUCACUCGCCAUUUUCCAGGGCGUCAAUAAUAAAGAGAUGAUUAGGAGCUUGCAUGUCUACGGAUCCGUGGAGAUUGAAAGAGAGUUCUUGUUCGAGAGGAAAAGCCGUUAUGUGGAGAAGAAAGCUAAGCCUCUGUUUUGUUCGGAAGGUCUCGGGCGGCCGGAGAUCUCGCUAGGUUCGCUUUUUGGCACGUGGAGAUGUAUCUUCGUGUUCCGGUCUAACCACUCGCUUCCUCAGUUUCCUGCUCUUCUCUGCCCUUCAAGAAACCCUAAGCUGGUGGACGUCCCUAACUUAGCUAAUGUGCUCAAGUUUAUCUCUGAGUUAAAACCGAAGAAACCAUCAAAUAUUUCCGAGCUAGAACAAGUCCCAUAUUGUAAUGUUGACCAGCCUAAACUGCUGGACCUCAAAGAAGAUAGAGUUGGAGAUGGUGAAGUUGAUCUGGCUAAACCCCAAACUUUUGUCCUCAAACAAGAUCUUAACAGCCUUCCUGAUUCAGAAACUGAAUCUGAGGAAUCUGAAGAUGGACAAAGUGAACAUUCUGCAUCGGAUGUCAAGACAGAGAUACUGCAGAAGAAGAGGAGGACACCAUCCCAACAUGUUGCUGGACUGUCUUUAGAAGAUCUUUCCAAAUACUUUGGUGUUCCUAUCGUGGAAGCGUCUCGGAGACUCAAUGUCGGUCUAACGGUAUUGAAAAAGAAAUGCCGAGAGUUUGGGAUUCCUCGGUGGCCUCAUAGGAAAAUAAAAUCUCUCGACAGUCUCAUCCAUGAUCUUCAGGAAGAAGCAGAGAAGCAGCAGGAAAAUAACAAAGCAGCAGCAAUGGUGGUAGCUAAGAAACAGAAGAAACUUGAGACAGAGAUGAGAAAUAUAGUUGAGAGACCAUUCAUGGAGAUGCAGAUAGAAACUAAAAGAUUCAGACAAGACAACUUUAAAAAAAGACAUAGAGCUUCCAAAGCCAAGAAGAAUCAAGAAUCUCUUGCCACUUCCUCUUCAACUUAA